AUGAAGCUUACAGUGAAGACUCUUCAGCAGAAGAUCUUCCAGAUCGAUGCCGAGGGCACAGAUACGGUAGCUGACUUGAAGAAAAAAAUUCAAGAGAGUCAAGGACACGCAGUAGAGACCCAGAAGAUUAUCUACUCGGGGAGGAUUUUGCCGGACGGGAACACUGUUGAAUCAUGUGAGAUCAAGGAGAAAGAUUUCUUGGUGCUGAUGGUGUCGAAACCUAAAGUUUCGCCUGCGACCCCAGCUGCUUCCACAAGUGCCACCGUGACCGCAAUUGCGGCACCAGUUCCUGCUGCCUCCCCUGCGCCGUCGGCACCAGAGCCAGCGGCCGCGCCCGCUCCUGCUGCCGCUGUCCCUGAGCCGCCGAAUGCUCCUCUCCUUAGCCCAGCCACCGUAGCUGCACCACCGGCGGAGGCUCCACCGACCGCUUUCGGGGACUCAAAUUCGUUCGUGACAGGCGAUGCGUUGCAAUCAACAAUCCAGAACAUGAUGGAAAUGGGUUUCGAGCGGGAGCAGGUUAUGCGGGCACUGAGGGCAAGUUUCAACAACCCCGAUCGAGCGGUGGAGUAUCUGUUCAGCGGCAUCCCUGCUCACUUGGAGGCACAUGCUGCAGGUCCACAGGGUGGUGCUCCUGCUCAAGCUGAACCUGAACCUGAAGCUGGGGCUGGGGCAGCGGCCGCUCCCGCUCCCGCUGCUCCAGCACCGGCUGCCGCUCCGAAUGUUCCCCAGAACCUUUUCCAGCUUGCACAACAACAGCACCAGCAGCAGCAACAUCAAGCACAACCCGGGCUUGGGGGAGCAGGGGGUAAUGUUCCUGGUAUUGAUUUGGCAGCUCUGCAGGGCAACCCCCAGGUCCAGCACCUGCGCGAUCUGAUGCAGCAGAACCCCGCCAUGCUCCAGCAGGUUCUCCAGCAGCUCGCGGCGCAGAACCCGCAGCUGGCUCAGGCACUAGCCCAGAACCCCGAGGCCCUUAUGCAGCUCCUUGGUCAAGAGGGGGAUGAGGAGGGCGAUAUACCCCCUGGUGCACAUGUCAUCCAUAUCACGGAGGAAGAGCAGGCCGCCAUUCAGCGUUUAGAAGCCCUCGGCUUCCCGCGCCAGGCCGUUAUCGAGGCGUACUUCGCGUGCGACAAGAACGAGGAGCUUGCGGCAAAUUACCUAUUUGAUGGCGGUUUCGAGGAUGCGUGA